GGGCGGCGACGCGACGGCGGUUUCGUUAGUACGACGCGCGGUCCUGCCACGUCAACGACGAUGCCUUAUCGUCAACUUCCUCAUCAAGUCCACGCGUCUAGUUACGAUCCUCACUCUGGAACCGCCGCAAUGGCGGAGGCUCAGUCGCCGGCGAUGGGACCGAGCUCGAGGACGGUCAGGUUGUUCGGAGUUAACUUGGAGUGUCAGCUCGACCGCGAUGAUGACGUGGCGACGACCACCGUGGUCGAGCCGCCGUGCCGUGACGGCUAUGGCUAUGGCUAUGGCUACGGCGACGGUGACGUGUCGGCCCAAUUGUACUAUUACCCUCACUCCAUGAAUAUAUCUUUCUCCGAAGAUACGAUGAAGCAGACGAGAGAUCGACGAGGAUGAGAUUCGAAGACGUGACAACUUCGGAUUUGACUUCAUAUGGACCCAGAUUUGGUGAUGAUCUUCAGAGCUAGAUAUAUACAUUUACAUAUAUAUAUAUAAAAGAAAGAAAAAAAUGUACGCAGAUCAGUAAUAUCGUACUAUAUCCACUAAUUGGGAAAAAAAUAAAUAUAAAAAAAAAAGAGGGGGCAAAGUUUUCAAAGGCGCAGAACUCUUGGAGUGUCCGAUGGGGACAUUCUCGGAGGUCAAGAGGAGAACGAGAACGGAUCUCGAGAAAAUCCACAUGUCUGAAGCAGAUGAUGAAGAUGGUGGUGGAUUCUCUAUAUAUACAAGUGUAUAUGUGUGUACACACACAUGCAUGCAUGCAUGCAUGAAUGCGCACACCAAGAUGUAUGUAUCACCAUGAAUGUAUCAAUGGUACUCUGUUUUCUUAAUUUAAUCUUCCUCUGGGUUUUAUUUUAA